UGACACUGUAAGCAGCAGUAUCAACUGUGUUGUGAAGUUGUGAAGACGUUAAGAAAAAUGAACAAGCUCUUCAUUGUCCUUUUGGCCGUGUGCCUCGUCAGCGUUCACGCUUUCGUGAAACGCGAUGCCCCCGCGGCUCAAUCGGAAACAUCAAACAUUCAAAAACAAUUUGAGGACAUUGCCGCGACCGCAAAGAAUAUCGGUGACAAUAUUUCGAAAACGGUUUCCGAAGCUCUGGACUCCGAAAAGCUGAAACAACAGUUCAACGAAUUGAUGAAUGCCGCAUCCAAAGCGGUUCACGCUUUUGUAAAGCGUGAUGCACCUGCCGCUGACAACAAGAACUACAUUGAGACAAUACAGAAACAGAUGGAAGAGUUCGCAAAGACCGUUAACACUCAAAUGGCACAAGCUUUCGACCCUGACACCAUCAAGAAGAACUUCAAUGAAUUAGUUGACAAUGCUAGUAAGACGAUUAACCAAAUGAAAGCUGCGGCUCAACCCAAAGCGGCCUAAAAGACUGAUUCGCGUACAGUGAAAAACACUACUUAUUUACUCAUAAUUUAGAGCCUAUAAUUAUAUGUAUUCUGC